AAACAGACCUUUAAUCAAAUCGAUUUCCUGAUUACAGAAAACACACUAUUUCUCCCCUGAACAAACCAAAAGCCCUAACUUUCGCAAAACCCCAUUUUCUCUCUCCUCUUCUUCCAUCAAUUCACUGACAAUUUCUGCAAUUCUAACCAAAAUCAAGCUGAAAUUUCAAUACUUCGAAAAAUCCCCAAUUCAAUUAACACAAUAAACAAUGCCUGCUAACAAAAAAUAUCACAAAGAAAAGGCCCUCCGUCGAAAGGAGGAGAAGCCAGAAGAACCAGAACUGCCAAGAUAUCGUGAUCGUGCAAAGGAGCGGAGAGAAGACCAAAAUCCUGAUUACGAGCCAGCCGAUCUGGGAUUUCAUGCUGUUGCUCCUCCUGGAAAUGUUGAUCUCAAGGCAGCUGAUUCACACAAGUUGGCAAUUGAGCGGAGCAAGUACCUCGGAGGUGAUGUUGAGCAUACUCACUUGGUCAAGGGUUUGGAUUAUGCUUUACUUCACAAAGUAAGAAGUGAGAUGGACAAAAAGCCAGAAGCUGAAGAAGAAACUGAUGGAAAAUCCAGACCAGUUAAAGAUGACCAGCCUGUAUCAUUCCGAACAGCAACUGCAAAGUCUGUGUAUCAAUGGAUGAUCAAGCCUCAGAGUGUCGUUAAAACUAAUGAGAUGUUUCUUCCUGGACGAAUGUCAUUUAUUUUUGACAUGGAAAAUGUUUAUUCUCAUGAUAUCCCGACUACGUUGCAUAGAAGUAAAGCUGACUGCCCAGUACCUGAGGAAAUGGUCACUGUAAAUGUUGAUGGUUCUGUGCUGGACCGGAUUGCAAAAAUUAUGUCCUAUCUCCGUUUAGGAUCAUCUGGAAAGGUUCUCAAGAAAAAGAAGAAGGAGAAAGAAGUCAAAGGAAAACUCACUACUGUUAUCAAUGAGUAUGAUGAUUUUGAGAAACCACCAAAGCCUGAUAACCUGUCAUCAAAGAAUCAAUAUGAAGAAAAUCUCCCCCCGCCACCCCCACCCCCACCAUUAAGAAAGGACACUCUUGAUACUAGAGACAAUCAAGGCCCAGCCGUUGCUCGAGCUGAAGAGGAUGAUAUCUUUAUUGGUGAUGGUGUUGAUUUUGAAGUGCCCAGCAAAGCUGUGAGUCAGAGCCCCAUUUCAGAAGACAUGGAAGAGUCUCCUAGGAACAAGGAAAGGCCUUCCUAUUUUAAUGAACCUGUUUAUGGACCUGUGCCACCUGCAGCCAAUCCAUCUCAGGAUUGGAAUCAAGCUAAUGGCUAUGUUGCUGCACAUGCUCAAGCUCUAGAUGGUGGUACCUAUCAAGGGGAGUGGCAGGACUACCAAUAUGCUGAUCAGUUGGUCUAUCCUGAUCAAUAUCUCCAACAGAUGCAGGCCUAUGAUAUGCAAGCAAAUGCAAACAUCCUUCAAGAUCCUCGUCUCAUGAGUCAAGAGGAGAAGGAUCGAGGAUUAGGGUCUGUGUUUAAGCGAGAUGAUCAAAGGCUUCAACAACUGAGGGAAAAGGAUUCUCGGGAAAAGGAUCCCAACUUCAUAUCUGAAAGUUAUUCUGAAUGCUAUCCUGGUUAUCAAUCAUAUAACCAUGAGGUUGUGGACAGUGAUGAUGAAGGUGACUUGUCAAAAAUGGAUAUGGGCGGACGUGCCAAAGGCCGUCUUCAUCGGUGGGAUUUUGAGACGGAGGAAGAGUGGGCCCAGUACAACGAGCAAAAGGAAGCAAUGCCAAAAGCUGCUUUCCAAUUUGGUGUAAAGAUGCAAGAUGGACGAAAAACACGAAAGAACAAGGAGCAAAAGCUCAACAAUGACCUUCACAAGAUUAACAAAAUCAUUGCUCGGAAAAAGGGUGAGAAGGGGGAAAAGGGUGACAAUGGUGAUAGUCCACCUUUUGAUGAUGUACAGUCUUCUGGAAAGAAGCCUCGUAUAAGUUAGAAUAUUGCAUUUUACUAUCACUAUUGCUGUUGCUAUUGUAUCUUUGUUUUUUCUACAUAAUAUAUAUCAUCAGAACUUGAUCAGAGCAGUUAACUGUAUCUAUCUUUCAAAUAUAAUCUUAUUACGCAUAAAAUAGAGAAAGAAACAUUUCUAA